UAUGUUUACAUGAAUGCAUUUCAACGUGAAAAACAACAUAAUAUAUAAUAGCAGUUAGUAAAUUAGAAAAACUUAAAGUUUACGAUGAGUUCUAAGAGCCUGAUAUUGCGGGGAAAAGCGUGGUCAUGAGUUUGGCGAUAGAAGUAGAAUAUGGAAUCUUGAUCGUAUUAUCUUUAUGCAUGUGCUUAUCCAUUACCCCUUCUGCAGUUUAAUAUAUAAAGAGAGAAGAGGAAUAGAACCAUAUAGUUAAAUUUAAAUAUUUACUGUGUGAGAGAGAGAGAGAGAGAGAAACCAUGGGAAGAGGAAGGGUUGUUCUUGAGAGAAUAGAGAACAAGAUAAACCGUCAAGUAACGUUCUCAAAGCGCAGAAGUGGGUUACUGAAGAAGGCCUUUGAGCUUUCUGUGCUGUGUGAUGCUGAAAUAGCACUCAUCAUCUUUUCUAGCCGUGGCAAGCUUUUUCAGUACAGCAGCACUGAUAUUAACAAAAUCAUCGAGAGGUAUCGCCAAUGUCGUUACAGCAAGUCACAGGCUGGCGAUUCAUCAGAACUUGAAUCACAGAACUCAUACCAUGAAUUCUUGAAGUUAAGAUCAAAAUAUGAAUCUCUAGAGAGGACCCAAAGGCAUUUUCAAGGAGAAGAACUUGAGCCACUUAGCUUUAAAGAAUUACAGAGCCUCGAGAAACAACUAGACAUAACUCUCGCACUAACUCGACAGCAUCAAGCGAAGAAACUCAUGGCCCGAGCGGAUGAAUUACGCGAAAAGGUGUACAAGUUGGAAGAACUUAACAAACAAUUGGAGUCUAAGGUUUUCACUUUAAAUAAUCAUGAAAAAGAUGAAUUCUCAACCCUCAUCCUUGACAAUAACAAUUAUGUUCAAUUGCAUGCUACACAAGUAGAUCAAUUUGAAUCUGGGACAACACUAAACACAUGGUUUCAACAUCAAGAAGUUGUUUCAAAGGAAAAAACAAUUGAUACAGGAACGAUGGAUAGUCAAGACAAUCUCAACAGAAAUAAUGGAUGGUUGUAGGAAUAUUUAUUUGUUUUACAUGUUAAAAAAUAUUUAUCAUAAUUUGUAAGGUGUUUGUGUAUUGGUGCCCACAUAAAUACUUUAUAUAAAGUAAAUGUUAUUUUUACUAAAUGCAUAUUCCUAAUAGAAGAUUAUGUGUUUAUGUACUAGAACAGGGGAAAAAUAUGUAUUUUAUCUAUCAUUGUAUA